GUAGAAGAAAAAUGGGAGUUCCGGCGUUUUACAGGUGGCUGGCGGAUCGGUAUCCUCAGUCGAUUGUGGACGUGAAGGAGGAUUUGCCGAAGGAGGAUCGAAAUGGGGUGCUCUUACCCGUCGAUAUAUCGAGACCAAACCCUAACGGCAUGGAGUUUGAUAAUUUGUACUUAGACAUGAAUGGUAUUAUUCACCCAUGUUUUCACCCUGAAGGAAAGCCUUAUGGACACCGGAAGCUUCAGCCUCCUUUCCUUCGGCUUCGGUCUUUGUAUUCUCUCUUUCAAUUUUCACCCGAACUCUUGCAUAAUCAGGCCUGGACCGAACACCUUAAAGGUGUUGAAGGCAUGUUUUGUAUGGACAAAGUCAGGCAUGCAUAA